AUGGAAACUCUGUAUCUGUAUCUGCCUCUUCUGAUCUUAGCCCUUCAGAUUUUGACCAACCGAAUCCUUCACAAGAUUCAAAAUCUUCCACCAUCCCCUUUUCCAGCCCUGCCAUUUCUUGGCCAUCUCUAUUUACUCAAGAAACCUUUCCAUAAAUCUUUAUCAGCGCUCUCUAGCCGCUAUGGUCCAGUUCUUUCCCUCAGGCUAGGCUGUAUCCCGGUUGUUCUCGUCUCAUCUCCAUUGGCAGCUGAAGAAUGCUUAGCCAAAAAUGAUAUCAUUUUUGCAAAUCGUCCCAACUUUCUCAAUGGGAAAUACUUUGGCUACAAUUAUACCAGCCUCCCCUGGUCCUCCUACGGUGAACAUUGGAGGAACCUCCGCAAGAUUUCAUCUCUUGAAGUUUUGUCAUCCCACAAACUACAGUUGUUGUCAGCUAUUCGUGCUGAUGAGGUCUUGUCUUUGAUUCGGAAGCUGUUUCGAGUUUCCGUGGAAGAUCCUGGUCAAUUCGCUGAUAUGUGAUCAGCUUGCUUUGAUCUCACAUUCAAUGUUAUGACUAGGAUGAUUACUGGAAAUAGGUACUAUGGAGAAAAUAUAGAGAACUCAGAAGAGGCUAGAAUUUUCCAUGAGAUAACUUCUGAGGCAGCAAAGGUGAAUCCCAAGGCCAAUGUUCUUGAUUUCUUGCCCUUCAUGCGGUGGUUUGGAUUGAGAGACGUGGUGGAAAAGAUGAGUGAAAUACAGGAGAGAAGAGACAAGUUUAUGCAGAACGUAAUUGAUGAACAUCGUGCUCGUGCUGGUGCUUCAGGAGAGAAGAGAACCAUGAUCGGAGCUUUAUUGGAUUUGCAUGAAAAGGAACCUGAGUACUACAGUGAGGAAACUAUAAGAAACCUCAUGUUGGUACUACUACAAGCAGGAUCAGAUACAACUGCCAGUACAAUGGAGUGGGCAAUGGCAUACUUGCUGGACAAUCCAGAGGUUUUAAAGAAGGCACAGGCUGAAAUUGACCAAGAAGUGGGACAAGGGCGUUUCAUUGCUGAAUGUGAUCUGCCUCAACUUCCUUACCUCCGCUGCAUAAUAAAUGAGACCCUGCGUUUGCAGCCUGUAACGCCACUUCUGAUGCCUCACAAAGCUUCCCAAGAUUGCAUCGUUGGAGGCUAUCGAGUUCCACGCGGAACCGUUCUGUUUGUGAAUGCUUGGGACAUACAACAUAAUUCCAGGUACUGGGAUGAUCCUGAGAAGUUCAUGCCUCAGAGAUUUGAAGCAUGGGUCGGAGGAAAAGAGGAGUUCAAGUUUAUUCCCUUUGGCUCGGGGAGAAGAGGCUGUCCUGGAAAUAACUUGGCAAUCCAUGUUCUUGGAUUGGCUUUGGGAUCAUUACUCCAGAGCUUCAACUGGGAAACCAGGGAUGGUAAGAAGAUGGACAUGAGUGAAGGAAUAGGAGUUCCUGUGCACAGGGUUCAGCCUUUGGUGGCUAAAUGUUGUCCACGGCCAAACAUGUUGAAACUUCUCUCCCAAAUUUCAACCAAGUCCGCAUGCUUGCACUGA